AUGCAAGUUGCCAGUGACAUUAAGGUGAACACAGGUCGAUAUGAGUCAUACGCUCAUACCUUUCUGCUGCUUGAAGAAUACAGGAGAGAGCUGUUUACUGACUACAUGUUUACUAUUGAGCCACAUGAGAAGCUCCUUUUUUCAUCUAAGCAGAAAAUAAAAAGAUGUCUACAACAAAAGAACAGUGAGAAGUCAUUGGAUGAUUAUGAGCAAGAGUGUGAUAUGAAUAGUAUUAUACUUGGGGGAAAGCAUUCUGGCAAUGCUGCAAUGAUCUGCAAGCACAUCAAAGAACACACACUGGAGCAGAACCCUCUAGAUGGCAGCAAUGUGGGCAACGCUAUGGGUUUAAACAAUGUGAUGAAGUUGUCACUUGUUCCACCGAUCUUUAUAGUCAUAUUAGAACUUACACUGGAGAGGUAUCUUUUUAGGUUAAAAGGCAUCAUGCUCCUGAACUGGAACCAAAGUGGCAAGGAUCUUAUUCGGCACACAGUCAGGGCUCGGAGGUCUGAAGAAACCAGCCAAAAUCAAACAGCUGCAGCAAAUCAACUACGGCAAGAAUACCAGCAGAAUUGUCCUGCAAGUGGACCUGCACAAUCUAACACAAAGAAGAAAACUGUCAAGAGUCAUCAUCCCAAGAGAAACACCACUGGGUAUGGUCAAUCAACUAAGCGUAGAGCCAAAGGGCACACAUCCCCUGAGCCUGCCCUGCCUUCCUGCAGCUCGAGAGCUUCCUGGGUGGAGAGUGUCAUAGCUCCCAAUAGCAUUGAGGAUCUGAGGAGGCACUACCAAUCCCUCAUGCUUACCCUGCACUGCAGCAAGUUACAAAACCAACAGCUCUCCAGUGAGAUCCACCAACUGAAGGCGGAAAAGAAACUCCUGCAGCAUCGACAACAAAAAGAGAAUUGGAGGAGAGCCCAAGAGAAAGAAGCAAUGCAAAAAGAACUGGAAGCCCACAAGGUAACGAUACAGAUGUUGGUUGAAGAAGAACGCAAUUUACACUGUGCCCUGGCCCACAUGCAGCAAGUGUUUAUUGAGAGAAAACGGGAGCAGGAAGGUGUCACCAGCCGCCAGCAGGCUGCACCUCAGCAAGUUGCAGAGCAAGACAUAGCCUUGAACCAAGUCACCACCCAACAGGAUGACACUCAAAAGAAAAAUCCACAGCUCAUCCAAGACCAGAAACAGAGCAGGAGUGGUGAUUUGGAGGAAAUCAACAGCGAAUUGCAAAGAAAGCUGCAAGUCCUCUGCACCCAGAAGCUCAACAUGCAAAACAGAAUUCACAAGCUCCAAAAAGCCGCAGAGGAGCGGGCAGUGCUGAAAAGGCAAGUGGACAACCUGAGAAGGCUGGUGAUGGCCAUGAGGUCAGAAAGGGACAACUUUGCCAUAUACCUGAGGAGGGAGAGGGCCAUGUGCGAGGACAUGAUCCAGCAGCAAUCCCAAGAGAUGAAGCAUCUUAGAGAGGAGAGAGAGAGAGGGCAGAGGCAGGUGUUGGAGCUGGAGGUCAACCUGGAGGAGGUUAGAAAACAACUGGCAGAGCUGCAGGCACCCGCAGGACCAGCUCAGGCUGAGCAACAGCUGCAGGCCCAGGCCUUGCAGAUGCAGGAGGAGGUCAAGGACCUGAAGCAACAGCUUCACUUGCAGGUACAGGAAAACCACAGCCUCCGUCUCCAGAACCUGGAGCAACAGGAGCGGCUGUGUAGACUGGAACAGGCAGGGGAGGAACCCGUUCCUAGGCCUGCCGAGGAUCGGCACAAGACAAAGGACACAGAGAGAUGCACACAUGUGCAAGACGGAGAGAUGGAAGAUCCACUGCUGCAGCUGCAGGAUGCUUUCCACCAGCUGAGCGGUGAGAAGGAGGAGCUCGCCAGUGCGCUGAGCUCAGAACAGCACCUGAAGGAACAGCUGCAGGAGAAGCUGAAGCAGCAAGAGAACAAUCUGCAAAAGUGGAAAGAGGAGGCUGAGAGGGCGAGCUUCUUGGCUCAGGAGGGGCAGAAGCUGCAGGGCCAGUAUCGGAUCCAGCUGCAGAAACUCAGAGACACCUGCGAUCGGCACACAUUCUCCAAUUGGAAGCUGAGGACAGAAAACGAUGCCCUGCAGGAGCAACUGCAGACGCAGAACCAGCUGCUGGAGCAGCUGAAGCAGGAGCAAGAACAGAGCAAGUUGCUGGCCCAGAUGGAAAGGGAACAGUUACAGGACACUCUCAAGUGUCUAGAAGCAGCAAGGCAAGAGAAGGAGCAACUGCAGGCCCAGCUGAGUGGCCUGGCGUUCCCUCCAGAAGGCCAAGCAGUGAGUAACGGGGAAGAAAGGGGGGCGGAGGCAACCCCACUCGACGUGACCGUCCCUGACGAUGUGGACAGCCCUCAAGACAUCAGGGACAUUUUCCAGAAAUACCAGACCAAGCUGGAUCAAGAGGCCCUCUUACCCAGGACGAGGACCCACGGCUUGUUUGGGAAGAGGAAGCGGGACACACAGGGGCUCAAGAGGGAGCUGCAACUCUGCUUCAGUCCCGACCUGCCUGACAAGGUGGACUUUCAGAGUGGAGUGGAUGACCUGCAGCAGCGAUGCAGCCAGCUAUCAGACCACAUUACCGCCAUCGAAAAGUCCAUUGUGACCUGCAAAGAGCAGAUGGAAGAUCUGGAGGCCCUGCUUAAGGAGAAAGAUGAACAUGUCGACCUGCUGUCCCAGGAGAAGCAGCAGAAGAAGAAGGAGCUGCAGGAGCUGCUGUUGCGUCUUGCAGCUGAAGGCCUGGAGGGCCAGGACAAGAUGCAGGCCGACACCGAGGCCCCUGCUGCUGACACCACUUCAGAUUUGGCCGGCCCCAUGAAGAUUGAAUGUAGCGAGGAGCACGACGGUCUUGAGGAAAUCCCACUCGAUGACGACGUGGAACCUUCCACAGCAGGGCCUGCGGUUCAGUGCCCCCUGGAGGACUCCACCAAACACGUUGGGGGCUUGGGGAAUGAACGCCCCAUCCCGUUCUGGUCCAGACUUUUGAAUUUUGUUAAGCAAUCAUAG